GACAGGUAGUGUUUAUGCAUUGUGUAAGCUGAAUAGAGUAAUCUAAUUCAAUUCAAAAUUAAAACUAUGUUAUGGUAUGGUUAUGAUACACAAAUUAAAUAGGUAGAUGCAUUGUUACGUCUAUGCAGAGAAAAGCUACCAUCAUGACAAUGCAGUCAGACUAAUAUAUGGUCAAACAUGGCUACUGCAGCGCCACAAUCACACGAUAAUGAUCUUAAAAACUGGAUUAAAGGCGCUUUUGCCUUGCAUGUUACUAAAGAAGGUCUUGAGGACUUUGUAACGGAUGAAAUUAGCCAGUUUCAGACAGAUUUGCUCACGUCAAUAUGCAGAAACAUCGGUAAACCUGUUGGGACAAUAUGUAAUUCAUGCACAACAGCCAAUAUACUACCAUGCCCAACAAACGGGUUUUGCACCUCUGGCGGAAGGUGUAAAAUGCACGUUCUUACAGAUCGCAGACGAGAACCAAAUAUACCGUGUAAAAGUAAUAUUUGCCAGGCUAUUCGGGGAGGUAUCCGACGCGAACAUAGAUACUUUCAUCCUAGCAAGUUUGAGCCGUCGUGGAAAAAUGCCGACGCGACACAGUUUUGCAGUGACUCGUUUCAACUGGCAAAGUGUUAUAUGUCAGUUGAUGGCUACAGCAAGGUACAGUCCUUAGCGGAAACAGAUUUCAAUGGAGUCAUCAAUGUCGUCAUAAACAACAAAAGGUUCCAGAACAAGCUAAGUGCGAAGUUAUCUCAAAAGACAAAUAUAUGUACAGAGGCACGUGAUAUAGGACGCCUUAUCCGACAUUCACCAAAUCUUGCAGUAUCAGAUGCCGACCUUACAAAGUACAUCGACACCCUGAUAGAUCUUCUGUCGGACCGAAAGUAUCUGGCAACUGAAAAUAAAGCCAAGAUAGCAGUUGCUAAAUUGCAAAAGCUGAAAACGACAUAUUUGCUAGACGACAAAGACAGCGAAACAAUCAUUGCUGCUAUAUUGACAUCUGUCAAAUCGAUGAAGGACAACACAAAAGAGGAUAUCAUACAGCAAGCUAUGAAAGAAAUUAAAGACAUGAUACAGGUGUCCAAAAAAGAAGUACAUGAUGCUACGCAAGUUUCAUCGAAGAAAAUCACAUCUACUUCGAACCUAGAACUCGAGAAAAUAAAGGUGGUAGCAGAGGAGGCUAUACAAAAAUUUCACGAAACUGAAGCACGUAAAAUGAAUACAAAAGACAAGAAAUGUUCAACUGAAGAAGUAGACAGGGAAAACUUUCGUUCAGAAGUCACAUAUGGACUAGAACAAGUGAUACAUCUUAGAGUGGAAGAAGCUUCGUCGAAGACAUGUAAACAUGUAGAUUUAGACGUGAGAAGACUAAGAGAAGGUCUAAGAGAAGAUCUAAUUCUUUCCUACCGAGAAUGUUACAGUACUUUUCCAGUGAAAAAUAUUAUCGGAGAGCUUAAUAUUCCUCUGCUCAAGCUUUAUGUUCAUCAGAAACUAGAAGCGGUCGGAGGAAUAAAAUCAUUGAAUCAAUCUGAAGAAUCUGAAUCCGCAACACCGGUUAAGACAUAUAAGGAAUUGUUUUUCUGUGGGACUGAAACUUACAAAAACAUAUACAUCACCGCAAAUGCUGGAACUGGAAAAACAUUGCUUAUGAGGAUAUUUUGUCUGUCAUGGUGCCAAGCUUACAAACCAGUCGAAGUGGUUCCGUCCGAAUUUCAAAAAGAAAACCUAGAUGCAAUACAGUAUUUUGAGUUCGUUUUCUUCUUGUCACUUGAUGAUACUGAUGAUACAAAUUCCUCCGCCUGUGACAUUGAUGACUUGAUUGAGAUACAGAUAUUACGGAAACUGUCAAGGCAACAUCAAUAUACUAAACGCUUUCUAGUAGAUAUUUUAAACAGAAAAGCGUGCCUCAUAAUUUUAGACGGUUUAAACAAAUGGUCUCAUCCUGAUAAUUGUACAUCAGGAUGUAGGAUGACCCGUUUUCCUCGGAGGGCAGCUCGUCCAAAUUGCACGACAAUGACAACAACUCUCCCGUGGAACUUUGUUUUCAUUCAGCGUACGAAGCAGAUAGACAGGCAUAUAAACAUCUGCGAGCUAGACAAGGAUACCGCUGCAAAGUUGAUAGGAAAUGUUGCGUCUUUUCUAAAUGAAAAAAGCGCGUAUAAAAAGUCAGCAAACAGUAAAGAAAUACAAAAGGCAAUUACAAAAUCGAUGUUCGAUGAACCUUGCCUUGACCCAUAUAGCAUUUUGCAGUUUGCUUGCCUCUUGUUUGCGAGGAAAUCGAUUGGUCGAUCCAAAUGUGAAAUAUAUAGUAACCAGCUCGAACUAAGUCUGUCCCGAGGUCUUAAAAAUGUAGGACAUGUUCCGUCUUAUGCUCAAACGUUGAAGAGAAAACUUCCUCGAUUUUUCGUUUCCAAUAUCGAAUGCAAAACGAACUACGGGAUCCUGCUUUGUAUUGGUAGAUUUGCGUUUGAGACGCUAUUCGGCGGCGACAGUGUAUCCAGGUUGCGGUUCACGGAAACAGAUGUCAUGAGAUACAUGUCUUCAAAUAUCUUGGAUGUGAGCUUGAAGCUUGGAAUACUUACGCAAGACAGAACGUGUGAAUCAUUUUCAGCAGAGCAUUUAUCUUUAAAAUUUGAGAAUUUCACAAUGCAAGCAUAUUUCGCAGCUCUGUACAUUCAGUCGGAACAGUCUGAAGUUGUAAAAUUUCGAAUUCACAACGAGUGCAAAUCAUUACAGACUGUUCUUCGAGUGUUUCCUGUAUUUGUGUUCAUUAGCGGAUUCGAUCAAGCGCUUGCAAGCGACCUUUUGCCUAAAUUAUUUAGCAUUGCGUCAGAAGAUGACAAAAUACUUGAAGUCAGGCGCACAAGCUCAUUAUUAAGAUCUUCCAUAAUAAAUUCAGAACUAGUAAAACGCUUUCAGAGUCUAGUAAUAAAUUGUGUGGACGAGUGCAUAAAAAAUGAUCAUGACGGAAUAAAACUUUCGGUCAAAGACAUUAUCAUUGAUACAAGUUCGCAACAAGACAAUAGUCUGACAUCUCUGAUCGAAUGCAAUGUAAAUAAUCUCAACAAUCUCAAGUCAUUGAGUAUUCAAGAAUGCAAUUCAACCGAUACGGUAAACAAAAUAUUACAACAACUAAACACACAGAAUAUUCGUCAUCUUAGAAAAUUAGAAUUGAGAUGUAUUCCGAACACAUUAUUGCUUCGUACACUGCUUCGGAAUAGUCGACUUUCUUUAAGAUGUUUAGAGUUAUCUUCCCUUGCGUUUGAAAAUGCCACAAAGAAAUAUCAUUUUGAAGUGAUAAAUAUUCCAUCGGAUCACAUCAAAAUUAUAUCAAGCAUGCCAUUUUUAGGAGUCUUAACUCUUGGGUCAUUACGUAUAAGCCACGAUGAUUUUACGGAUCUGCUGAGUUUCCUUUCGCGCAAAACAGAAAUGAAGCACAUCAUUUUGUACCAUCUCGUGUGCAGUAAAUAUGCCUGUGGUGGUCACAUGUUGGAUUUAUCUUUACAUAAGAAACUUGAGGCAUUAGGAUUAGAUAGUGUUCCAUUAUCGAAGCUUCGUUUGAAUGCAGUCAAUCAAUUUCUUGAGGAAUGCUGGAUUGGAAAAUUGCCGUCACAUAUUUUGUCUGCAGCGUUUCCCUGUCUGGAAAACGCUCAUAGCCUACAUACGUUGUAUUGCCUGAAAUUGGAUGAUCUUUGUGCAAUGCUACAAUCCAUUCCAAAAUUAAGACGUUUGAAAUAUAUCUGUUUCCGAUAUAUUAACUUUGGCAACAGGGUAAUAAGCCUGACAUCAAAUACGAAAAACAUUCAAAUAGUAUCAUUAAAUGGGGUAACACUUACAAGCGACGCAUUAAAAAGACUUAUUGACACUAUAAAAACCUUGCCACACGAGGUCGAUAUUUGUCUUAAAAAUUGUAAAGUGACUCCAGUGGAAGAGUACAAACAUAUUAAAAGUUUAAUUAGGGGUUCUGACGACUUCAUCAUUAUGUCUGAUGGACUGAACGAACAAAAAGUGCAGUUGUUCCAAUUCGGUACUGUCAAUAAGAGCCGCGAAAUAGUACAGUCCGGAAAUGUCCAUGCCAUAACCUCUACAAGGAUGCAAGCAAUAACAUCACCGUCAGAACAAAUAGUAUAGACAUGACAGAGCUAAUAUCAGAUCCAAUAAAUACCUUUUAAAAGAUUUAGUUUUUUUCUGAAAGAAGAAAGGGAGCAGGGCCAGAUUUACUGAAUAUAACGAAUGAUCCUAUUUCAGAUUAUGCACAGUUUCUGACAAAAUGAUGUGAUAGACACUUAAUUAUAUUACUGAAUUGUAUUUCGUUCACCUUUUUGGACGUGACAGUGUAAACAAAAGCUAAGCUAACCUUUAACAAAAGUGACCAAAUCACCGACUGUAUCAAAUUAAUCAUACAAUUAAGAUCAAUCAGAGUAGAGGAGGUACAUUAAAAUGAGGACAAGAUGAAAAACAUAAAGACACUCCAGCGUUCCUGCACCAUCACUAAUGAUUUGUACAGAAGUCAGUUUCCAAUCUGUGAUUUACGAUAUUUUCAUUCAGUCUGCUUUUAAUAAAUGUUUGAUCAGUUUUCAUAAAUAUUUUAACAAUCUGGAUUCUAUUUUGGAUUUUUCCUUUUUAUAUACAUUGUAUAUUAUUUUUCAUAUACCUUGUGCAACAUCUCCAUAGUAUCUAGAGUGCGAAAGUUUAAUAACGUUUUCAGGUUCUUAUUGUAAUUCAGCAUAUUUAAUAAAUCUAAUGAAACACAUCAUAUCGGUAACCUUGUUGUAAGCCGUGAGGUCUAUAUAUAGUACAUUUUAUAUGAAAUAUUGUAAUACUUGAUUGUAUUUGUACAAACUGUCAAAACAUCCUACAAGAAAAAGUUGACUAAAACUAUUAUUUAGAUUAGUCUAUCGGUCCAAGGCUCCAUAGAAAUGGGCCGUUCUGCGAGAAAACAUGUAUAAGUGAUAUCAUUUUCUAGUCAUAACAUUAAAUAAUUAAACACAAUUCAUUGUUUCUUGUAGUCAUGAAGGAAUUGGUAUAUCUAGAUUAAUUCAUGCAAAACAAAGCAAGCUGACGGAGUGUGACAUAUAUUGUAAAUAUAAAUGCUAUUUGAGUUGUAAUGAUAUCCGGAAUAAUUUCUAUAAGAAGGUCCUUUGGAAACUCAUAAUGAAACCAAGUAAAAUAAUAGUAGAUUCGGUUUGAUUUGUCUGCACAUGAGAGGUAAUGAAACGUUCAGCACCCCUCAAGCCUCCUAGCACCGGCUUAAGCGGAAUACUUUUGUAGUCAAACUUGAUGUACUCAAUAAUCCCGAAGGACUAGAAAAUAUAACGACACUGAGUGCAAGUACGUAGAGACUUCUUAUAGCAAUCACACUGUACUUUAAAACUGUUGUCAUGACAGUUAAUAGAAUCUACAAGAACACCACUCAGAACGCAGACUCGGUUUAUUUGAGCCUGUCUAUGAGAAAGUCAAAAACAUCAAUGUAACAUGAGAAAACUGCAGUUUUAAGUUGUUUUUAGUAAAAUAAUUUUCAAACAUUCUCCGAAUAUUUUAAUAUAUUAUGUACCUUUUUUGUGAGUAACAUUUCGAAUUUGAAUGACAUAAUUAGUGUGCAUGUGGUUUUGUGAGUAACAUUUCGAAUAUGAAUGACAUAAUUAGUGUGCAUGUGCUUUUGUGAUUAACAUUGUGAAUAUGAAUGGCAGGAUUAGUAAGCAUACACAAAUGCUAUAACAAAGUUCUUGACAUCAUAUUUCUAAUCGCGUUCUGCGAUAACAUAACAGUACAUGUAUUUAAACUUCAGAAACGGAUGGUUUAUUUUUUAUGAAUGAUAAUGUGAAUAGCGAUACUUUGGUAAGUUUUAAAUAAACAGUAAAUAUAAGCACUUGAUGUAGAAUUUCUCAGACAAUUCUUUUAUACUUGAAUUUAAAGGAAGCAUUUGGACUUAUAUGUA